AUGACUGGUGAUCGUAAUAUUAAUCGAAAACAUGUUAAUUACAGAAAGGCAAGAAAAAUCAAAAAGAAACUUCAUAAAUAAUAUAUCAAAAAGGCUGCUCUCUCAAACAAGACUACUUAACCAAAAUCUAUAAAAGACAUGACUAAAAAAGAUCGUAGAGAACUUAUAAAAAAAAAAAAAAUUGUAAAAGAAAUUGAAAAAGCUUUAAUUAAAAAAGGCUGCAGCAAAAGAAAUAGAGGAAGAAUAAUGAUAAUAUAAAAUUUUCUUCUGUAUAAACUAUAUUUAUAUUCAUUUGUAUUUUAAUUUAUAAUCUUUUUAUCUAUUCCUCCUUAUUCAAUUUUUUCAUUAAGGAAUUAGAGUGUUUUUCAAAAUAAUCGAUAUAUUUGUAAGAAUUUUAAUUUUAUAUAAUAUAAUUUAAGUUUUUAUUAAUAAAUUUAUAGUUUUUUUUAUGAUUAGAUAAAGUAUUAUAAAAUCUUAGAAAUGUUCUUAAAAUAUAAACAAUCCCUAUGUAUUUUUGAGUUCUAAAAUUUGUGCUUCACUAUUUUUAGAUUUAAUAAAAUUUUAAUAAAUGAAUAUUAUAAAAACCAAACUAACGCUAAAUUUUAUUCAAAUUAUUUUUUAUUAUUUCUAAUUAAAACUUAUUUAAAAUUCAUUAUGAAAUUAAUUAUAGCUUUUCUUAUACUUCUAAAUACUUUCGCCUUCAUUAAAUAUGACUCAGGUUUGGCCCUAGAUUUUAAUAGUGAUUCUUAUCCUACUUUUAAAUGCUAUUUUGGAUAUUCAAAAGUAGCUGUUAUUUCAUUUUUUAUGCCUUUGAAAAUAUUCCUUAAGUGUUUUUUUAUCAUGAAUACUUUGAUUAAGAGGUUGCAGAAGCAGAAUUAAAAUUAUCAAUAACAACUAUAACUAAAACAUGUAAAUUAUAUUACUUAUAUUUUAGCUUUCACCUCAGAAAUUUAUUGUGGUUAAAAGAGAGUCAGAAGACUAAAAAUAAGAUGGUUUGCUCUUGAUGAUUAAAGAAUAGAAGUCAUAAAUAAUUUUAAUAUGGUCAAUCCAGAUGAUAAAACAUUUACAAUUAAAAAUCCAAAUGCUAAAUUUGGAUUUAUAGUACUUACGAGUAUUCAUUAUUCUGGUGCAGUUGAUUUUCAAUUGUCAGUAAUUCUGAUAUUUUAAAUACUAGAUGAGUUCCAUAACAAUGAACACUGUGACUGUAACUAUAACUAAAGUGGCAGGGAAAUUUGUUAAUCUUAAGUAGGUUCGCUAUUAAGUAAUAGUUGGAGUUGAAGAGGCAUUUAUUAAAUUAGGAUUAUAGACUUCUACUGGUACAUUUAUAAGUGGAAAUAUUUCAAAAUAGCCAAAUAGAUGGUUUGUUAUUGCUGUUUAAAGUAUUACUUUUCCAAACACAACUUAUUUAACACUUGAGGCUCUUUUCACUUAUACCGCUACAACAUUAUCAUACACUUGGAAAUCAUGUAAAUAUAUUAUUUGAUUAAAAUAGUUUUGAAUAGUCAAACACCAAACAAACAUGAACAAGUUUGGGUUGCAUAUUAAUUUACAACUACAUACAACCCAUUAGAAUGUGUUAGUAUAAGAACAAGUAGAAAAUAAGCAUUUGAUUUAAGCAUUUUACCAACUUUCUUUUUAUAAUUAGUUUAAACUAAUUAAAUUUAUAUUACAAAUGGUAACUAUGAAUAUGUAGUUGAUAAAUCAAUUAGACCACUUAAAAUGAAUAUCUAAAUUAAAUGUGAAAAUGGAAUGAAAGUCUAAGCAGAAUUUAAUAAUUGUAAUUCUUGUAGUAUUUAAAAGACUUAUUCUUUUACUUAUAAUUGCUUUAAUCAAAUGAAUUACAUUGGUUUCUUCCCUUUAUUUUAACAAGCAUUCCAACAAUAUAAUCAUUUAAAAAUCAAUAUUCAAUCAUCAUCACUUGAAAUCAUAAAUGUUGUUUAUGAUUAAGCCAUUACAGAAAAGACUAUAGUGAAAAUUCAAAUAUUAAAUUAAUGA